UCCACUCAAACACACACAAUAACAGUGUUGACAACACACACAGAGGAAACACGGGCACAGAGAGUCGAGAGGAGCUGAAGUCAGUGCAUCUGCUCCUGAACUCCUCUGUCCCAUCAUGGCUCUGUCAGGAUCUCAAUCACCAGAUGAUGCUUUGCACGGCUCUUGGGUGGAGCUGGAGGGUCUGGUGGCUUCUGCAGGUCUAACAGAAGCACAGGACACCACAGCCUCCUUCCUGCAGGGGGAGCUGGAGAGGAUUCUGCUGGAAGCUCAGCUGGAGUGUGAGAGGAGUAGUCAAACAGAAAGUCCUCCGCAGGUCGUGACCCCGAGAACAUCUGGAUCCCCUAAACCAGGCAGUGAGGGCAGCAGCAGCACAGAUUGUGUGACUAUACAGUCGGAUGAGAAUGAUAGGCGAGUGAGUGCUGAAUGGGUGUGGGAUUGGUCCAGUCGGCCAGAAAACCUCCCGCCCAAGGAGUUUGUGUUUCAUCACCCAAAGCAGUCUGGCUCUCUGAGCGUGAGGAAGACUGAGGUGAUGAAGAGGGGUUUGUUUUCUUCAGAUGUGCUCCUCAUCCUCCUGCCCUCUCUGCUCGCCUCACACGCUCUGACGCUGGGCCUGGGAAUAUACAUAGGGAAACGGCUGGCAUCCUCCUCCACCAGCACACUGUGACAUGUGACAUUUGGCACCUUACUGAUUGGCUGAGGCUGCUGCCAAUAGCACUGCAGCCCAAUCACGCUUCUCUUCUCCUCCUGGGAUGGGCAACAGCCUCUUCUGCCUCUGUCUGUGUUUGUCCUGUUUCACCACGAAACUCUCUCUCUCUCUGUCUUCAUGUAUUUAAAGGGGUUAAAAACUUAUUCUGAACUCCUCUGAAGACGUAAAUGUAAGAUUUAUGUAUUUGAACUGCAUAUAAAGUUAUCAUUGAUUUGCAUUAGUUUUUAACAUAACCUAAAAAACUUAAUCUGAUGUGUAUUUUUCAGUCAAACAUGAAUUUCUGUAAUUGUGCUAAACUGAAUGUUUUAAAUACACAAUAACCAGGUUUAUGUAUUUUAUCAUCAAUAAAUCCGAUUUGUUUCAGUCUCAUACAUUCUGUCUAAAUGAAUAUUGCUUGCUCCACAGAUAGCCAUAUUUAAAUCAUGUUUAUACUUUUUAAGUGAAUAAAUGUAAUUGUUUUCACAGUGAACAGAUUUAUGCAGAUUUUAAGCUAUUUGAAUACAUUUUAAAAAUAUGAUUUUUUUAAAAUAAAAUAGAUGCAGAGAGUGAAUAAUAAAAUAAUAAUGAAGUGCAGAAAUCUUACCUGUUUCUUAGCCAUUUGAUUUAUGUAUUUGUAUGUAUGUAGUUUUUGGUCAAAACUGUGUAACCCAAAUGAACGGAAAUGUUAUAUGCAAUUCAAAUGCAUAAAUAUUAUAUACUUAGGAAAAUUAGGCCUAAAAAGUGUUAUUGACCAAAAGAGUCAAAACAGGUAAAAAAAAAAAAAAAAAUUUCAUGCAAAGAAAAUUAGGAUUGCUAUUUCCGUACACAAUUAUAAGUGGAGCUCAGGGAAAACUUUAUGUAUGGUAUGACCCCUUUAACCCCAUGAGAGUGUCUUUUAAAAGACUAAACUGUCCCUCUAAAUCUUUUUGUAGUUGUUUAGUCCACAAAGGACUGUGUCCACAUGUGUUCAGGUCUAAUACAGUACAAUUACUACAGGGAACACAGAAACAGUAAAGCACUGAAAUCUAGCUGAAAGAGUGUAAGAGAGGAGAAAACUGACAGUGAGCGAACAAACAAACAAACAAAAAAAGUAUUAUUUUACAUCUAAAUCAAUUAGUCAUACAUUCAGUUUGAGAGAUUUGUGUUUAGUCAUGGAUAGUGUAUGACUGAAUCCUUUCGUAUUUGUGUGGAGCAAAAUAAUGUGAAAAAUCUCAUGUUGCAGUAACGUGUUUGAGAUAUAGAUUCAUUCCUUGGUCAAAUGAAUCUUGUUUGUAACAACUCGACCACAAUAAAUGUCACUCUUACCACCUUC